GGUCUCGUGACGCAGCAGGUCAGAUGUGGCACGCGCCUGUCACACCACGCGGGACAGAGCUGCGCGCGCUGCGGAUGAAUCAUGUGACAUGAGCGACGCUGUUUCCUGGAGAAGCUCAGGCGACAUGGAGCCGACAGGCGUCUCCUCGCCCGCUGUCCCGGAGCCGGAGUUGUAUCGGCGGAUUCAGGCGAUUCUCCCAAAAGAAUCGGACGACUCCCAGACCCAGGACUGUUACAACAAAGGUAUGCUCAGGUGGACCCUUCAUAAGAAAGUCCAGAAGAACCCGGUCAACAGCCUGUCCCUGGUGUGGCUGCUCAUCAAGGAACUGGAGAAAGCGGAAAGAUGGAACAGUCGCAAAAAUAUCCUCCCUCUUCUGCACACGCUCAUGUACGCGCUGAUCCAGACGAUCCACAUUCCGGAUGAACUCUAUAAACGUGUGUACGACUUCUGCAAAAGACUCCUGACCUACCCACAGCCCUACUGCACCGUGGGCCUCAGCUGCACCAAGCAGAUCAAGAAGGAGCGGGCCAUUCCAGGUCUCACUUUUCAGAGGAUGGUCGUCGCCGAACAGAGAUUAAAAAACGAUCUGUACCGUUUCCAGGAGAGAGUUUUUGUCCUGGCCGAUCCUGCCGUUUUCUCCUCUUCCUUGUGCCGAGUGGUGCGUGACGACAUCGAGGCGUCGGCGGCGACCUCCAGGGGGCGUGUCUCUCCUUUUGACCACAUGUGCAGCGUGGUCCAACACGCCAUCCAGGCCAACGUGGGUCUGGAGCAGAGCGACGGCUCCAGACUGGCCCGAGCGCUCAAGGACGCGGGUCGUGACGUGGAGCACUAUUUUCAGGAAGUGCUGUCGGCGUUUGAACAGCGCGCGGACCAGAGCGACGCCCUGAGCGGCCGCCUGCUCCAGCUCUACCAUCAGAUCGUGGCUGACACAGAGCCGUCGUCCAGCGGAGCCCCGAGCGACUGCCCCCUGCCCAACCCGGACAUGAGCUUCUACCUGUGGACGGAGGAGCUGGACAUCUGGCGGGAGUUGUCCAAGUGGUUUCGCACCAGCUCCUCCUCAGAUUCGUUCUCCACGAGCCAAGACCAGGACCAGGACCAGGACCAGGACCAGGACCAGGACCAGGACCAGGACCAGGACGACUUCGACCUCGGAGAUUCGCCGCUGGAGUUGCCUUCGGACAUGGCGCGUUUUUCUGUGAUGUCCAACGACUCCGGGAUCGAGCGAGACCUCCCUCUGAGCGCCGAGCUGUGCUUGGGCGGAGCUGAACACGGAAAGAGGUGUGAGGUGUCCGUGUGCUAUAAGACCGACAGCUCCUCGGACUGGACGCUCCGCAGACCCAGGCCGUCGCCGCAGAUCCAGCCCCUGCACCCGACCUUCUGCUCGCUCUUGUGCCUGCCCAUCGUCACCUUCAGCGGGGCGCUCCCCUGAGACGGACCUGGGAAACCGACGUGUGUUUUUAGGCAAAGGUUAAAACGCCGUCGAGUUUUUUUUUUUUUAAACGAAAUCCCUUGAAAUGUAAAGUAUGAACGAGGUCAGAUGUAAAUGUGUAAACUGUGUACAUAAACUCUAAAUGAGCUGGAAAACGUUUGCACAAGGUGUCUGUUUUCACUGACAUUAAAAUAUUUGUCUCCACGGCGCCUCCGAUGUUAAAAUGUUUUAUAAAAGAUGGAUUUAAAUUCAUCUUGAUCCUGACUGUUUUAUAUUGCAAUAUUUGUAGAUAUUAAAAGUGUUUUAUGACAC